UUCUCAUGAUAUAUCAUAUAGAAUAAAAUAAAAGACUUUAAUUUUUAUUUUAAUCAAAUGGAAGUGGAUUUAUUUUUACAAAAAUAAUGAUGGAAAUGUAAAGUAUCCUAGCAUAAAUCUAACUGUUAUUAAUUACUUGAACGCAUAUGAAUAAAAAAAAUAAACUAUUAAUAUAAAAGUAAAAAAUGUCGAAGAUCACUGUCUUAGAUUUCAGAUUUCGAAUCCAAUCAGAUUUGAAAAUGGAUGCGGUUGGAUUAUAUCUUACCUCGCUGACUUCGCCUGUAUUUGACUGUAACUUUUGCCAUCCAUCCCAACUCAAAUGAAUUAUUUUACUCUUUUUUUAUGACUUUCCAAUCUCGCAAUCAUGGCAGAUACAGCUUCCAGUCCAAAUUUAUCAGGUCCCAAAUUAUAGCCGUUGGAGGCAAAUUGAUGCCCAUUUCAAAAUUUCGACCGUUGCUCUUCCUCGAGUUACAGAGAGAGGGGAGGGUUUUCGUGUACUCCCACUAAGCCCUGGGCAAGAAGAAGAGCAAGAAUGGCGGCUGAAGAAGACAACAGCCCAAACAAUCCACAAAACCCACCCAGAAGAUCUCCCCGGGCGACGAUGAAAGAGAGCAUUCUUAGCCCUGGCUUCCGGUCGGCCGCCGCCAUGGCCGGCUGGGACGAGGAAGCCCUCCUGCUCGCCAGUCUCGUCGUCGAAGACACACCCGUGAGAGAAUCCAGACGCAGGAAGCGCCCCAGUCCGCAGUACAAGACCCCUCCACCCACCAACUCCAACAGGAAGCGAAGAUCUCGUAGGCAAUCUCCCAAUGCAAUCCCCCCUGUUGUUCUUUGUCUCGAUGAUGAUGAAGAACAGACUGUUGCAAAAAAAGAUCCUGGCGCUAAAAGGAAAGAUCCGGAGAUUGUUGUUGCUGCCGAAGAGAAGAAGACAGAGGGAGAAGGAGCUCCGGCUGAAAAGGCCUCGAGCAAAGGCCUUCCCUGCAUGGAUCGGCUGAGGGAAGAGCUCUCUUGUGCUAUUUGUUUGGACAUUUGCUUUGAACCGAGUACAACUCCUUGUGGGCACAGCUUUUGUAUAAAAUGUUUGAAAUGUGCUGCUGCUAAAUGCGGAAAACGCUGUCCAAAAUGCAGACAACUGAUCAGCAAUGGGAGAUCUUGCACGGUGAAUACGGUACUUUGGAACACCAUCCAACUCCUAUUUCCUGAGGAAGUUGAGGCAAGGAAGAACUCAAUUUCUGCGACCUCACGCAGCAGUACUGUCCAAAGUCCUGAAAAAAGCAGCAGUAGUAAUAUUAGAAAUAGCCAUGCAAGUAGUAACACUAGAAGCAGUCAUCCAAGAAGCUCAACCCGGGUUUCUCAAGUGAUGGAUAGGGAAAGAAUCAUCAGACGAAGAGCCAUCCCGAGCCAGUCUGAAGAUGCUGCAUUGGCUCUUAGACUGCAGAGGGAAGAAUUUAUGGUAGCCUUUCAUGACAACCGUGAGCAGCAGAGGAGUACACUUCAUUCUGCUCGAGCAAAUUUGAGAGCUAUGGCCUCCAGAGCUGUUCAUUUUCGCACUAGGGGCUCGUCCACAUAGCUUCACCAAUAUUUCUGUUCUUAAUUUCCAAAUUAAGGAUGGACUAGGUCGCUGCACUACGAUCUGAACAAUGUUAUUAUCAGCACAAUGCUUAAACCGUGGUUUGCUGCAAUAUAUAGAGCAGUCCAUUUGGUCUUCUUUCUUAUAUGUUACUAACAUCAGUACCAUGCUCUGUGGUCUGUGCUAAUUAAAAAAUGUUAGUUAAGUUGUUAAGGUGUUUGAGAAAUUCAUUAUAUUCUUGUCACUGCCUUAUUAUGAAAUGUAUCAUGGAAAGGAAUGAGUGUUUGUAACUGUUAUAUCUUUCUGUAUAUCAAGGUUUUGCAGCCUUGUUUCUCCACUUCUUGUAGAAGACUGCUUCAUUUACAAUAGAAGAUCUUGCUU